AUGGCCAUCAACCGUCCGCCCACCGUUGCCAUUGUCGGCGGCUCGUAUGUUGGAAUGAACCUCGCCAAAUCGCUGCUUCCCGCGUUGCCCGCUACGCACCGCGUCGUUGUGGUCGAGGCUAAUUCUCAUUUCCACCAUCUGUUCAGCUUGCCUCGCUUUGCAGUGCUGCCACGAGGUGGCGAGGAGAAAGCGUUGAUUCCGUACACGUAUGCACUCGACGCGGUUGAAGGACAGGCAAAGAUCCUGCACGCCAAAGCACUUGCCAUUCACACGAGUGAGCAAGAUCCCAGCAAAGGAUGGCUGAAGCUCGAUCGAUGCACAGACGAAGGCGAUACGUUAGACUUUGACUACCUGGCGAUCGCAACGGGUACACAGCUGCAGCGACCCUGGUCGUUGGCAUCCAAGCAGAGCGAUGCAGCCACAGCCAAGCGUCAAGCAGUCGAGACGCUGCAGAGCUAUCAAGAUGCCGUCAAACACGCGCACAAGAUCGUGAUCGUCGGAGGCGGGGCUGUGGGCGUGCAAGUGGCAUGCGAUAUCGCCGAGCUCUACCCAGCACAGAAAAGCAUUACGCUUAUUCACAGUCGUCAACAGCUGAUGAACAAAUUCCACCCGGAUCUGCACAAGAUUGUGACAACCCGAUUCGACCAAAGAGGUGUUCAGACCGUGCUAGGUAGUCGCGUAGUCAUCCCGCCGUUGGGUUUCCCGUCCUUCGUUCGCGCACAGACGUUUGACGUCGAGCUGCAGAACGGCUCCAAAGUCACCGCUGAUCUGGUGCUCAUGUGCACCGGCCAAACGCCAAGAUCCGAGCUCCUCGCCAGCUUCGCGCCCGAAGCGAUUUCCCCGGACGGGUUCAUCAACGUCCGACCCACCCUCCAAAUCGCGUCUUCCAAGUGCAAUAACGUGUUUGCGCUCGGAGACAUCGCCAACUCGCGCGCCGGCAAGACCGUGCGUGCCGCUUUCGGUCAGGUUGAAAUCGUCAAGUGCAACAUCCUCCAUCUCAUCAACGAGCAAGAGUCGGAGCUCCAACACUUCAUACCGGGACCCUCGGGGAUUCAUCUGAGUCUGGGGCUGUACGAGAGCAUCAAGUUCGGCAACCCGCCAAAGCAAGGCGAUCCACCGAUGAACAAGGGUAUCGAGAGAGACCUCAGCUUGGAUAUGGGCAUCGAGGGCAUGUGGAAGAGGUGGAACGUUCCCGAGGGCACGCCUUGGCAUCUAUAG